UCGCUGGCCAUUUAAAAAUAUUUUUCCGAAAAACAACAGUGUUUUGUGUCUCGCUUCUAAAAAUAUGACUUUAUGAAAGGAGAAAAAUAUUUUAUAAUCCCAAUCGGGGCUUAUCAUUUUAACUUGAAAGAUAAAAACGGAUACACUUGAGAUUGCAGCGAUUUUCGCCAGUCAGAUAAAAUAUUGAUCAGCCGAUUAGGGCGGUGGGUGUCCAGCGAAACGAUGGUGGACUCCAAGGAUAACAAUUCCAGUAACGGCGGCAGCGGUCCGGAGAAGGAAGGAGGAAAAAGCAACCUAAACCUGACGGCGGACGAGCUGAAAGAGGAAGGUAACAAGUGUGUCAAGGUGGGCAACUUUACGGAGGCCAUCCUGCAUUAUUCGCACGCCAUCAAGCUGAACCCGAACGAUGCCAUUCUGUACAGCAAUCGUUCGUUGGCCUUCCUCAAACAGCAGCAGUACUACUAUGCCAACGAGGAUGCCGAUUCGGCCAUCGCGCUGAACCCGACCUGGGCCAAAGGGUACUACCGGAAGGCGGAGGUUCACAUGGGCGUCGGGCAGUACGAUUCGGCACUGCUGUCGUACGGCAAGGCACUGCAGCUCCAGCCGCAGGACAUGGGCAUUAUACAGGCGGCACGGAAGGCUGCCGACCUGAGCAACCGCGACAUCGAACAGGAGAAGCGCACGCCGGUGCUGGGCGCCGGAAUCGGGUGCAUCGUGGGGCUGUUUAUUGUGUUUGCUGACAUGCUGCUGGCGGACACCCCGACGAUAAAGUACACAGCAUUGAUGGUGCUAGUGGUGCUUGUAGUAGCCGCAAUUGGUUUUGGAAUAGCAAAAAUGAUUCGUUACUACACCAAGUUACAACGCAAAGGACUGCUGGAUCCACCUGUUAAUCUGCUAGAAGAUUUCAAAUCAACCAAAGAUGCCGAGGAAACGGAAAAUGGCGACAUAGGAGGUAGCGAUCCAAGACCGCCGCGUAAUCGCUAUUCUAAAGCGCAGGCAAGACAGCGGUUCAAAAAAGGAAAAACGUAAUUUUCUGCAUUGCGUACCUUCUACUACACGGCACCGGUGUGGUUUAGAAAAAAAAACACUACGCUAGUCCACCCCUUUUUGAUGGGUGACACUGAACCAGCAUAAGCAUUAGAGAAUAACGAAUGUCGCAAUUUCGUUUCUGUUUAUUUUGUUCAUAUUUUAUUAAAUGAUGUCGAAAAUGUUAGGCAGCACCACACAACAAUAGACAAAAAAAAACAUUUACCACAUUCACAUCACUAUGGAAAUAUGUAGAAAGAGCAAGGGCACAUUGUCUAUGGAGCACACCAAACUGAGUGUAGUUUUAGAUCAAGGAUUUGUGGCAAUUAUAAAGUCAAUUUUGUUUAUUUAUAAUUUGGAUAGGGUUUUAUUUUUCAAUUUAUAAAUCGCUUAUCCUGAAUGACCAGUUAAUAUACUUUUAUAGGCUGUAUCCCUAUUCUAUUCUAUCCUUUUCCUCGACCAAUCCGAUUGUUAAAUGUAUUUCGUCGUAGAAGUACACACACCCACAUAAUAUGACGGAAGCUGCAUGUAGCUAAUGAACAAACGAUAAGCAUUUUAAUUAUAAUUAUUCGUAAUAUGCAUCGUGGUACUAAGCUCUAAACUGGAGUGCAUAUUAAACAAAAGUAAAUUGA